UCCUGACGCCAGAGUGGGAAAGCCAGAUGGGAGUAGAGAAUAGAGCCCAAAUUGAGGAACUAGAGAAGAAAACACAAAGUGCAGCUGAAAGUAAGCAGGCUCCUGUGGGGGAGAACCAAGCACAGCUAAGAUGCAAAGCUGAUGUGGAGACCCAAACUCCCGAGUGGGGGUCCCAGGAUAAGAACAGGGAGAAUGCUGUGGAGACACAGACAUAUGAUGGGAAGAAUCAGAAAGAGGCUAGAGAAGAGGAAGAGGGAGAGAUCCAGGCCUGAGGACUAGAGAAGCAGGGCCACCCUGGAGGGGACAAUGGUGAGAAGGCCUUGUCUGCAGAGCAGGGGAAACAAAGCCAGAUGAGAAGGGAUACUGGUGCAGAAACAGAGGUCAAAGAGGGGAAAAACAGGGGCCAGGUUGGAAGUGGGGAGGCUGUGCAAAGCCAGACAUCUGGGGGAGAAAACCAGGGAGUCAAACGACAGGAUGGUGCAGAGACCCAGGCCUGGGAGUGGGGGAAACAGGAGUGCAUUGGAAGCGAGAAAGUUGCAGAAAUCCAGACACUAGUGCAGGAAAAGCAGGAUCAGGGUGAAAGUGAGAAAGCCAGGGAUACUGAAGUUCGUAGGGGAGAGAACCGGAAAUUGUCAAAACAUCCUAUUCAGGUAGGGUGGGAAGACCAAGGCCUGGGAAGGGGUGAGGAUGCUGGGGAACCUCAGAUAUCUAGGAAGAAGCAGUUCAGGGAGAUAAGAGAAAAGGAUUGGGUGAUGAUCAAAGCACCCUGGUGGGGAAACCAGAGACUAGUGGUGAGUGAAUUUAACAGAGAAUUGAAGACAGCAUGUCAGGGGAACCAGAGCCAGGUUGGAGAUGAAAAUAGAACAGAAAUUCAGGCAGCAGAGGAGAGUGAGCAGAGAAAGAAUGGAGAUGAGGAUGGUACAAACACCCGGGUGCCUGAGGCAGAGAACAAGGGAGAGUUAAGAGGUGAAAGUGAUGUGGAGACCCAUCUAGCAGGAAGGCUGACCAAGGAGUGGUUUGGAGAUGGGAACAGAACUGACAUUCAGGCGCCAGAGAAGAGAAACCUGAGUGGAGUCAAAGAGGAGGGCGGUGCAGAGAGCCAGGAAGUUGGGGAAGAAAGUCAGGGUCAGCUAGGAAGUGAAUUUCAUGGAAAGAGUUACAUUCCAAAGUGGAAGAAUCAGGAACAUUCUAGAGGCAAGGAUGGUGCAAAUGUUCAGGCAUAUGAGACAGAGAACUGGGGAGAAUUAACAAGUGAGACUGAUGGAGAAAAUCAGCAGGGUGGAAGAAAGGGGAGCAGGCUAGGGGUGAGAAUGGGGAAGAAAUCCAAAUAACAACGAUGAGAAACUUGAAAGGAGCUGGAGGGGAGGCAGGUGCAGAGACAGGGGCAGCUGGGGAGGGAACCCAGAGCCAGGCAGGAAGUGAUGUGGACAGGAAGAGCC